AUGCCGGGGCCGGGGCCAGCCACGCCAGCCCUGCCAGGGCCUCGUUGGCUGCUCCUUGCCCAACUCAUCACCUUCUGCCUUCCAGUGUCUGCCAACGAAGGGGAUGCCUACCCGCUGGGGGCUCUGCCUGUCGGCACGCUGAUCUGCAACCUGGAGAGCCACCCUGGGAAGGGAGCACAGUACAUCCGGGCAGCUGGGACUUGUGGUGUGCUGUUGAGGAAAGUGAAUGGGACGGCCAUCGUGCAGCUGCCCUCCAAGAGGCAUAUGCAGGUGCUAGAGACCUGUGUGGCCACAGUGGGCCGCGUGUCCAAUGUCGACCACAACAAGCGAGUGAUCGGGAAGGCGGGCCGGAACCGCUGGCUGGGCAAGCGCCCGCACACGGGCUUGUGGCAUCGCAAGGGUGGCUGGGCUGGGCGNNNNAUCAAGCCUCUGCCGCCCAUGAAGAGCUACGUCAACCUGCCACGGGUCACAGCCCCAGAGUGAUGCCGGGGGGCCAAUAAAGCAUUUGCCACACCACUGCCGUCGUGUUACUGCUGCCUUUUCUGCACGAGGCCUUGGGGGGUGCUUUCCCCAUAGGACGCAUGCGGCUGUGGUUGGCCCCUGACAGGAGUCGGGCUGCCAGGAGAGAUGAGCG